CAGACAGUGGCUGCGGUGAUGUACCAAUAAUUUUAUUUGUCUGGUGGAUGACUGGCCAGCCUUGCCUUGUCUUUGAUGAGGAGGGGACCAUGCCAGCCAAGCCAACCAUUUCUUAGCUCCAAUGAGGGCUCUAGAGACUCUGACGCUGGCCAACAUGAACAAGGGAGGGCGAGCGGCCAUCGCGCGGAGCAAGAGCAUCGACCAGCAGCUCGACGAGGAGCGCGAGCGACGUCAGAAGGAGGUGCAGCUGCUGAUGCUGGGUGGAGCAGGGGCUGGAAAGAGCACCUUCAUCAAACAGCUGCGACUACAUUACGGGGAUCAUUUCCCAGAAGCCAUCUGCCACCAGUGGGUGCCUCAGGUACUCCACAACCUGACUGGAGCUCUGCACGUGGUGCUGGAGCAGAUGGAGGUGCUGAACAUUCAGUUCGACAACCACCUCAACAAGCAGCUGGCGGUGGAGUUCCAGGACAAGUUCCCGCGCAUGUCCAUGGAGGCGCUGGUGCUGCGCUUCACGGAGGAAGACGAGAGCGCUGAGCGCACGUCACCAACCACCUGCCGUGCGGACGUCACGCGACGCAUGACGUUCCUGGACAAGCUGCAGCCGCAAGCACCUGACGUGGCCGUGCUGCAGCAGCUGUGGACGGACCUGGGCGUGCAGUGCUGCUAUGCUCGGCGACAGAAGUUUCAGCGACACGCUCUGUCCCGCACGCACGAGUAGUAAGUGUCACACACAAACACAGACACGAGAGUAGAACGUCACAAACACGCACACACACACACUAGAGAGUCACACUCAUGCGAGUGAACGUCACACGUGUGACUACUAAGUCUCUCUCACGCGAGCAGAACGUCACUCAUGGAUAGUAUGCCACAGUGCACACAUCAACAGUACGUCACGCAAGAAAUGCUUCACUCUGGUAUGAGUAGUAAGUCACACAAGUAGCACGUCACGCACGCACGCACGCACGCGAGUAGAAAGUCACAAGUAGUGUCUGGCGCGCGCCAAGGAGUAAUACGUCACACUAGGAGUAAGCUACACGCGUGCGAGCAGUACAUCACACAUCACGUGAACCUGGCUGAAUAUUUAAGAUGUCAGCCACUGCCACACACUAGACUACGUCACUGACAGUAGUGGUCAUUUCGCGAUGACAGGCUUUGUGUUGAAAUGUCUGGAGCCUGAGAGACAGACACAUCACUCACCAUUUGACACGCAUCCUGUUUACUUUCUCAACUGUUUACUGUUUUCAACUGUCUCAACUGUUUUCGCAUCCUGUUUACUUUCUCAAGAUCAAGAAAACUGUCAAGAUAAGACAAAAUAAACAUGUGUCAUGUUGUUAUUGCCCGUUGUCAAGGUGAUAUUCCAACUCCAUUAUUCUAUUACAUGUAAAGAAUGAGUCCGUGAACCAAAUCUUCUUUCCUUAUUAUCUCUAUAUCAUCUUUAUCUUUAUUUUAACCACACUAUAUUAUGUUUGUUUAUUUUUAACCACACAUCAAUGUUCAUUCUUCACCAACCCUUCCUUUUUCAGCUCCAAUGUAAGGUGACCAGACGUCCCGCUUUAGGCGGGACAGUCCCUCUUUUGACCUCGUGUCCCGUCUGCUCAUCGUGCUGGACGCCCAAUGUCCCGCUUUCUGGCAAGUCCAUCA